UCUUUUUUCUGUUUCUCUCUCCAAGAGAACCAAAGGGACCUCUUUGGUCGCCUCUACAGCUCCCCACUUGUGUUGGUUUACCCGGCGGCGGCUUGGAUGGAGUUGGAUCUGAGCCUUGGAACCCGGCCAGCAGACGAACCAUUAAAGAAGGCACUCGCCCGCGGCGGCGGCGGCGGAAGACCGAGCACCAGUCUAAAGUUGGGAUUUUGCAGUUUGGAAGAUGAGAGAAGCCCUGCAGAACUAUGUAGGGUAGGAGAGGUAGAAGAGAGGAGGGGUUCUGUUGAUCCGCCGGCGCGACUUAAUCUCCUUCUUCCCAUCCUUCAUCUGCCUGGAUUUUCACGGGAGAUGCAUGAUAGGAGCUUGGAGGUCUCGGCGAGGGAGUUGGAGGUGAACAGCUCUGGCGGCGAUCUCCGAUGUGCGGCGGCGAUGGCGGAGUCGUCGAGGUUCAGCGACGACGAGGAGAACGGGGGGGCGAGGAAGAAGCUUCGGCUCUCUAAGGAACAAUCCGCCUUCCUGGAAGAGAACUUUAAGGAGCACAGCACGCUUAAACCGAAGCAGAAGAGUGCUCUUGCGAAGCAGCUGAAUCUCCGGCCGCGGCAGGUGGAAGUUUGGUUUCAGAAUCGAAGAGCCCGGACGAAACUGAAACAGACGGAAGUGGACUGCGAAUACAUGAGGCGAUGCUGCGAGGCGCUAGCGGAGGAAAAUCGUCGCCUUCAAAAAGAGCUGUCGGAGCUAAGAGCUCUGAAGUCAACUCAUCACUUUUAUACGCAGCUUCCCGCCACCACCCUCUCCAUGUGCGCCGCCUGCGAGGCGGGGGGGGCGGCGGCGGGAGAGCCAACGGUUCAGGCAAGCCGGGUGCCUUCACCAGCCUCUUUGCCAAGGUUCACUUACAUGCCUUGACCAAGCCUACGCCGGAGGAGGCGGCGGCGGUUCCGGCUCACCAGCCCUCCGCCGGCGAAGUGGCAAAUCUGUAAAUGUUUUGAGUUUUGAUGGGCUGUUAUAUAUUGUUCAUGCUUUAUAGUUUUUUUGUUUUUUGUUUUAAGGCUGUCUUCGAGCUUGAAAAUUUGUUUCAAAAUUUAUAGUGAUUUGAAUAUUUGGAUAUAGAAGUAACAGAUUUUG